UUAAGGUAUUAUGUUGUUGUGCAACUGAAACAAAUAAUUCUUAUUUAAAAUAUUUGUUUCGUUAGAAAAGAUAUCAUUUUCCAAAUUCGGAUAUGGAAGCAGAGCCUUUAGAACUUGAAGAUGGCGAGAUUGUCGAUGAUGAGCCAACCGAUAUUUUUGAAGAAUACAAUGUACUGCAGAGGCCUCACGUGGUGCAAGCAACAGAAGGACAGACAAAACUGGGAUAUAGUGAUGAAUCAGAUGAUUCUGUGGACACAGAAAGUGAUUCAGAUUCCGAUUCAGCACAUACUAGAAACAAAAAACCUAAGUUGAAAAUAAAAAGAUCUAAAAGCUUAUCUAAUAAUUGGGGAAAAAAUAACGAUAAAUACAAAGUAUGGUGUACACAGGUGCAAGAAGAAUCGUUAACAGAAGAUUUAGUUUCAUGUGGUGUUACAAAGAAACUCUAUCAAGAACGUAGCGUUGAAAGUUAUAAUUUUACUCUUCGAUAUCCAUCAAAUGCCAAUGGAUCUCGUAAUAAUAUUAGUCCAGAUGAUGAAAAAUAUGGACAAAGACUAACCAAUAAAAGGACAAAUUCUGAUAGACAAAAUAUAAAACUUAAAUUAGGGAAAAGAAGAAAUUCUAUGGAAGUUGAUGGUCAAAAGGGACCUAUACGUAUUGUAGCAGAUUUAAGUACAACAAUAAAUUCAACAGAUUCAGAUGUUGCAAUUGAUAUUGCGGAUAAACUUUGCGAAAAUAAGAAUCUCCUUAUAAGAAAAAUAGUAAAAAUAAUUGGAAAAGAAAAAGCAAUUGACUUUUUUCAAAAAACCAAAAAAAUCGAAGAAAAUGGUGGUUUGUUAACAAUGAAUGGAUCUCGUAGAAGAACAACAGGUGGUGUAUAUUUAUGGCUUAUAAAAAAUGACGAACAUAUUCCACAAGAAAAAAUCAGAGAAAUAUUUUAUAUCGAUAAGAAAAAAAAUGUGGAACAAAAAAAAAUACAAGCUGAUGAGAAAAGAAAAAAAACACAGGAACUCAUGAGAAGCCUUGAAAAUGGAUCUGAUAAAGAUCUUCCAGCUUUAUUAACGAAAGCAGAGUUUUCUACCAGCCAGAUUGCAGAAGAAGCAAGGUUAAGACGUGGUGUAGGAAUGGAUAGAAUGCCUUUAGAUUCUGAUCGUACAGUAACUAAUCCUCCACCUAGUCCCGUUACAGAUGAUCCAGAUCACACUGAACAUCAUUCUGAACACUCUCCUCAAUCAAGACAAGUUCAAGAUUAUGAUGAUUUUCUCGACAUUGGUAUAGAUGUAGAUAACAUGGAAGAGUUUUGAAUAUCUUAAUUUUACUCCACAAAUUGGCAUCAAAAGUACAAUCCAGAAUAAUGAUAAUUUAGACUACAAUGUGUAUAUGCAAUAAAUUUGUAUGGUUUGUACAUGCUCAUCAUAUUCACAGAUGACAAUAUUAGACUGACUUAUACUGAAAUAGUGAAACUUUUAUUUGCUGUGUAAUAAUUAUUUUACAUUUUUUUUUUUACUAGAAUUACAUCUUGUUCCCUACAUUUUUAUAUUGCAAUCUAAUAUGCCAUUUAUGAAUACAAUGAGAGAAGAUCUGAAAUAUAUAGCCAAAGUACGAGAUAAAUUGAGGAUAAAAAUAUUGCAAGGUACACAUUACGUUAUUACAUAAAACAAUUUGUGACGAUAAAUAGUGUCCAUGUUAAUAAUGUUUUUAGAAACAAAUAAAAUUGAUUAUAAUUUG